AUGGUGAAGCUUUUGCUCGUCCUCCUUUUCGGGCUUUUGCCGGUAAUCGAUGGCCUCUACUAUCGGUGUGGUUUAAUGGUGAGUUCAAAUGAAGUACUUAUACUUACAGGGUAGGUCAUUUUUUUUUUCGGUUGGAUUUUCCUGAAACUUGGUUAGAACACUCCGUGAUGUACCUGAGAAUCUUAACCUACAUAACUGUUCAGUUUACGAGAAAGGACAACUCAAAGUCAGUUAAAACUAUUAAAAUUCAUCAAAAUGAGCUACUUUGGAGAACUUUGAGCCUUUAUUUCUCGAAAACUAAGAAGUUGUGCAGGUUGAGACUUUCAGAUUUUUUAUCGGAUAUAUCAAGGAACAUGCUUGCCAAAUUUCAGGAAAGUCCUAUCUGCAAACUCAAUUGAACUUCCUUGUUAAUGUCACUUCGAGAUCAAUCGCAAACCGCUACCCCCCGUGGGGGCCCCUAACUCAACCCCUCUCUGGGCCCCUAAUUUUUUUUUGUCAUUUACAAAAGUCAAAACGAAGGCAUAGUUCAGGCUCCUUUCAUUUUUCAUUUUUUUUUACGUAAAUAAAAUAAAUAUAUAACCACCGAGUUUGCUACCGAGUGCUUUAACACACGUUCUCUGAGAAAAUCGAUGACUUUUCAGUAAUAAAAAGCAAAAUAAAAAAAAAGUUUUUUUGAUUUGCCUCAAAAUGUGGUCACGGCUCACACACGUGCUUCUGAUUAUUUAGCACCAGGUUCCAGGUGGCUCCGCCCCUUUUAAAAGAUACUGUAGACAGUAAGCUGAAAAAAAUUAAUUUUUUUCCUGUUGAGAAUUUUCAUUCAAAAAUGUUUGGAAAUGUAAGAAAACACUAUUUUGAGUAUUUUUUCAGUUGCAACUUUUUUUCUAACUCGACUUCUUCGGGGAGAAAAAAAUCGAAAUUUCCUCAAAAACAGCGAUUUUUUCAGUUUUUGAGCCAUAACUAGAGUAAGAACCCCCCUAUGGUACGACUUUUAUUUCUGAUUAUGAAACUAGGGGCCUUCUUCUUCAAGAAAAAGUAGUUCUACAACAAAUCCCUGGGGUGGGAUAGUUGAGCUCCAUUCGACCGAAGGUGAUCAACUCGAAUCGGCUCAAAAUUCAAAAAAUCAUUUUUCUCCUAAUAUGACGGCUUCUUUCUCUUUUUUGUUUUGAAACAAAAGACAACACUCACGUUCAUGUUCUCCACCAUUUUGGUGCUCAAAGAAAAUUUGAUUCCGAAUUUCUCGAGACUUUUUCGAAUUUUAGGACUUUCGUCGAUUUUUCGGUUUUUCCGUUUUUCAGGUAGUUUUUUUCUGUAGGAACCCCCGAAUGUGGUCAUUAUCUUUUGGUAUAUGUAAGAGUAGGUCUUUCUUGAUAAGGAAAAAAAUUAGUCCGGUAGAAAUCUCUGGGGUGGCCCAGUUGACCUCCGACCGCCUGAAGGUGACGACCCCAAAAAAAUGGAAUUUUUCACAAAGGAUCGGAAAAACAACUUUUUUUGUUUCCAUUCUAACAAAAAAACUUUUUUUCAGUGAGACCUACAUCACUUUUUCAACAUGAAUCGGAGUCUUUUCGGCAAGAAAUAUGUAGUUUUAUUCAAAUUUGAGUCUUGGCGCGCUUAUCUUCGUUUUCACCGUUCUUACCUGCUCUAAGUUGCUGAAGUAACCUGGAAAACCGUUUAUAAUGAUUUUUGGGAAACCCAGCAAAUGUUUGAAUUUUUUUGAACACCUAAGCAAGUGAGAUCGGAGUGAAGAAAUGGCGAAAAAAGCUUUUUUAUCAACUUUUUCGAGAAAUAAAAACACCUUAUGACAUUCAAAAAUGUCAAUUACUCUUUAAAAAACAACUAUUGAUGAAACUUAAUAGAAAGAAAAAAGAGAGACUUAAUAAACCUGACUAUAAUCUGGAGGACGCAUUAAAACGCUUCUUAGGUCAAAAAAAUGCAUUUUUUUAAAAACCCUUUUCCAUUUGAGUUGUUCUGUAAAUGAAUGAAAAACAUGAAACAGUGUCUGAGCAAAUGAAAUCGGGGUUAAGAAAUGGCGAAAAAAGCUGUUUAAUCAACUUUUCGAAAAAUAAAAACACCUUAUGACAUUCAAUAAUGUCGAUGAUUCUCAAAAAUUAUUUUUUCGCCAGAAUACAAUAACUGACAGUUUUUUAAACUUUCAAUCGACUCUAUCCAUACCCUUUUUCCCUGAAAUUGAGGUUUCUGAGGCUUUUAGAAGUACUUGUAAUACAAUUCUGCCUUUUUUUGUGUUGCAACGUUUAUACAGACACUGUUUCAUGUUUUUCAUUCAUUUACAGAACAACUCAAAUGGAAAAGGGUUUUUAAAAAAAUGCAUUUUUUUGACCUAAGAAGCGUUUUAAUGCGUCCUCCAGAUUAUAGUCAGGUUUAUUAAGUCUCUCUUUUUUCUUUCUAUUAAGUUUCAUCAAUAGUUGUUUUUUAAAGAGUAAUUGACAUUUUUGAAUGUCAUAAGGUGUUUUUAUUUCUCGAAAAAGUUGAUAAAAAAGCUUUUUUCGCCAUUUCUUCACUCCGAUCUCACUUGCUUAGGUGUUCAAAAAAAUUCAAACAUUUGCUGGGUUUCCCAAAAAUCAUUAUAAACGGUUUUCCAGGUUACUUCAGCAACUUAGAGCAGGUAAGAACGGUGAAAACGAAGAUAAGCGCGCCAAGACUCAAAUUUGAAUAAAACUACAUAUUUCUUGCCGAAAAGACUCCGAUUCAUGUUGAAAAGUGAUGUAGGUCUCACUGAAAAAGUUUUUUGUUAGAAUGGAAACAAAAAAAGUUGUUUUCCGAUCCUUUGUGAAAAUUCCAUUUUUGGGGUCGUCACCUUCAGGCGGUCGGAGGUCAACUGGGCCACCCCAGAGAUUUCUACCGGACUAAUUUUUCCUUAUCAAGAAAGACCUACUCUUACAUAUACCAAAAGAUAAUGACCACAUUCGGGGGUUCCUACAGAAAAAACUACCUGAAAACGGAAAAAACCGAAAAUCGACGAAAGUCCUAAAAUUCGAAAAGUCUCGAGAAAUUCGGAAUCAAAUUUUCUUUGAGCACCAAAAUGGUGGAGAACAUGAACGUGAGUGUUGUCUUUUGUUUCAAAACAAAAAAGAGAAAGAAGCCGUCAUAUUAGGAGAAAAAUGAUUUUUUGAAUUUUGAGCCGAUUCGAGUUGAUCACCUUCGGUCGAAUGGAGCUCAACUAUCCCACCCCAGGGAUUUGUUGUAGAACUACUUUUUCUUGAAGAAGAAGGCCCCUAGUUUCAUAAUCAGAAAUAAAAGUCGUACCAUAGGGGGGUUCUUACUCUAGUUAUGGCUCAAAAACUGAAAAAAUCGCUGUUUUUGAGGAAAUUUCGAUUUUUUUCUCCCCGAAGAAGUCGAGUUAGAAAAAAAGUUGCAACUGAAAAAAAUACUCAAAAAUAGUGUUUUCUUACAUUUCAAACAUUUUUUUGAAUGAAAAAUUCUCAACAGGAAAAAAAUUAAUUUUUUUCAGCUUACUGUCUACAGUAUCUUUUAAAAGGGGCGGAGCCACCUGGAACCUGGUGCUAAAUAAUCAGAAGCACGUGUGUGAGCCGUGACCACAUUUUGAGGCAAAUCAAAAAAACUUUUUUUUUAUUUUGCUUUAGAUUCAUCGACUUUCUCCGAGAACGCGUGUUAAAUAGUAAAGUGGAGCAGUAUCAUGGUGUUUUCAAAGCUUCAAUUUUUUUUUUUUUGAAAAUAUUGUUGGGUCUCUAGAAUGUCGCUUUUUUCUAGGCGCGAGCUCGCAUUCUUCUCGGCGCCGCCUCGCAUUUAUCUUGCAUUUCGGAAAUUUUCAAAAUGCGAGAGAAAUGCGAGCUCGCGUCUAGAAAAGUGCGAGCUCGCGCCCAGAAAAAUGCGAAACCGGCGCGAGAAAAAAUGCGAGAUGUUUGUGAGCUCGUCAAUGUACCGCCAGCGUCUCGCGUUUAUCUCGGCAAUUAUUCUUAGUGUAAAGACAAACGCGUUUCUUCUUAUUCAUCAAACUCCAGAGAACAGUUCCCGGACCUCACCCAGACAUACCAGCGAUCAGUUUUUUAAUGUCGCGGACGCUUGGCGUCGGCGACACCAUCAUUAUCAAAGGAAAAGUUUUUCCCGACGUUCAGGCUAAGAAGUUGAAUUUCAAUUCAAUUUUUUAAUUUUUCAAAGAACUUUCCAACAGACGUCUCACCAUUGACCUUCUCACUGAACUUUCGGAAGAGUACUACAAAUCGGUCAGUACGUUGCACUUCUCGGCACAGUUUGAUUUGAAUCGAACCUCCAUCGGAGAUUAUAAGGUUGGUAUCUCAGAAAGAUCUCUAGGGUUCAGUUGGAAAACAAGAAAUUUUUCCAAAAAAGUAGGGACCGCAAGGCCACGCCCCCUCGCUGACCAAAAAACGUCGUAUAUUUUGUUGCAUUUUGACGUUCCCUUGUUGUUUAUGCAGUUUCCCUGAACCGUUUUGGGGAAGAAUUGAGGGAAACAUACAAUUGGCUAUCCUCUACAAUCUAAUGACGUUUAAAAUGACGUUUUUUUUUCGCGACGGCUCUGUGCGAAAAAGUGGAAAAACGUUGAAUAUUAAAUACCGCUUGUGGGCAAGUUAUUAUUUUUUUUUAACAUCGCGUGCACGGCUACUGUAAACAGUUUUCUGUAUAACGCUGCCAAGCAAUUUUCAAAAUUAGAAGACGGGAAAAUCAAUUUUAACUGCUCCUAUGCCUUUAAAAAGUUCUGAUAUUUCGCCAUUUUUGAUUCAGCCCAACGCAAACCAAGUCUUCCGCGAGGAGAAGAUACUUCCUCUUGCGCUCACCCUCGAACCAUUCUCCAUCAGAAUCAAGUUAGUUUGUUCAUAGCCCUACAACUAGCUCGGAUCGUUCAGAGUCGAGGCGGACGGAUAUUCAAUUUACGUCGAUAAAAAGUUCCUUUACAAGUUGAAAUACUCAACGGAUUUAAAAGAAUCCUACAAAACUGUGUGGAGAAUAUUUUUACAAAACGUCGACAUUCACACCGAAUGGUGAAUUUUUGUUUUCUAUCACUGCUCACUCGAUUUUUGUAGCAUCAUUGAUUGCAAAGAGGAUAAGGAUUGCCCAGCUGGAGGAAUGACGUACAUUAUCAGCAACAGAUCAUACCGAGAAGCCGGUUAGUUUUCAAAGAACCUUGUUCUACACUGCGUUCAAUAAGGAUAGGACCCCCCUCGAUUUUGGACUUUCUGGCAAAAUACGGAAAGAUAUCAAAAAUCUGUAGGUGCCAUUCGAUUCAGAGUACAAAAUAACCCCCAGAGCCAAACUUUCAUUAUCCUAGCACUUUUCCUACGAAAAUGCCAUCGAAAAAACGGUUUUUUGACCGUUCAAUAAGGAUAGGACCACCUGGAAAUUUUGACUUUCAUUGGUGGUUUUUGGUCAAUUUCUUUUUUGGAUGAGUGGUUUUUUUGUUUUUAUAUUAUUUGUUUCCAAGUUUUCUACGGUUUUCUUUUCGAAUCUUCCAGGUUUAAAAAAUAUUUUAUAUCGAAAAUAGGGAAAAAUGACGUUUUUUGAGUUUGCAUCAAAAUAUUUGAGCGAGUGAUUUUUUCCAGUACUUUGAAUGAACUUAUCUUAUUAAUAGAGACAUUUUAACAUUCAAAAAAACAAAAAGAAGUUUGAAAAACAUUAGUUUAAAAGUUAGAAAACCAGUUAGAAGAUGGUGUAUCAUGACCGAAUUUCCGACUGUCGUCGUUUUCGACCGUUUUUUUUUCUGUAUGUAGUCGGAAUGGCGGUGUAUUUUUUUUAAAGGAUUUGUGAAGGUGCUCCCAUCACAAAAAGACAUUUAGUUGGAUUGGAUAAAAAAUAUCGAUCUUCGGAAAUCGAGGGGUUAAACACCCUUCCGACUGCUACUCGAACUUUUUGCGGUACAUGUAAAUAAAUCAUAUGAAAAGUUUUAAUUCUAAUGAAAAUUGUUUUAUUGCACGUUUUUUUAUUUUUUUGUUUUAUUUAGUUGACAAACUUAAAACCCGCCAAACGCUCUCUUUGAAACAAUACCUUCGAUGAGCGCGGGUAACAAUUUCUCCGCACAUUUUUCUCGGCAUUGUACGUAGUAAAUGAAAUUUUUUUAGAUUAUCUUGUUGAUGAAUUAUGUUCAUAGCACCUUCGCGAGUUCUCAAAAAAAAAGUACACCGCCAUUCCGACUACGUACAGAAAGAAAAACGGUCGAAAACGACGACAGUCUGAAAUUCGGUCAUGAUACACCAUCUUGUAACUGGUUUUCUAACUUUUUAAACUAAUGUUUCUCAAACUUCUUUUUGUUUUUUUGAAUGUUAAAAUGUCUCUAUUAAUAAGAUAAGUUCAUUCAAAGUACUGGAAAAAAUCACUCGCUCGAAUAUUAUGAUGCAAACUCAAAAAACGUCAUUUUUCCCUAUUUUCGAUAUAAAAUAUUUUUUAAACCUGGAAGAUUCGAAAAGAAAACCGUAGAAAACUUGGAAACAAAUAAUAUAAAAACAAAAAAACCACUCAUCCAAAAAAGAAAUUGACCAAAAACCACCAAUGAAAGUCAAAAUUUCCAGGUGGUCCUAUCCUUAUUGAACGGUCAAAAAACCGUUUUUUCGAUGGCAUUUUCGUAGGAAAAGUGCUAGGAUAAUGAAAGUUUGGCUCUGGGGGUUAUUUUGUACUCUGAAUCGAAUGGCACCUACAGAUUUUUGAUAUCUUUCCGUAUUUUGCCAGAAAGUCCAAAAUCGAGGGGGGUCCUAUCCUUAUUGAACGCAGUGUAUUUGCAUAAUCAUUUUUAGUUGGAACGUGUCCAGAAUAA